AUGGGAUUUCAUGGUUAUUGUAAUUUUCUUCCUGAGGAAAAGUUGUUGGAAGCUGUACAAGUUCGGCAGUUAAACAUUGUUGUUUCACCACUGACAUUUGUUUUCAUUGAUAUGGUGAAAAACAAGAGAAGUUAUGCCCAGUACCAUUUAGAUUUGGGUCAGUCUGAUUUUAACUUUCAUAGUUGUUCCACAUGUGGUUUUAAGUAUUCUCCUGGGGAUGAAAGUGAUGAGAAGGCUCAUAAGGAAUUUCAUAAGAACUAUACCCAUGGAAUUCGGUUUAAGGGUUGGUCUACUGAAAGGGUUAUUCAGAUGCCUACCAUUGAAGGUGGUCGGAUUGUUAUGGUGUUGGAUAGUGAUUCUACUGCCCAAAAGAAGAAGGUCUUACUGUUCAUUCUAUCCAAUAAGGUAGUUGGAUGCCUAAUUGCCGAACCAAUAGAGAAUGCAUUCAAAGUCAUCUCAAAUUCAGCAGAUAUUGAUGCUAUUAACACAACAGAACAAAGAACCAAACCAACCAUCCUCCAUAUUGGGGAUAUUAGUUUUCAGAGUGAGACAGUGAAAAGAUCUCAUUCUGCUAGUAAUACUAACCUGUUGGAUGGAGACCUUGGUAGCACAGUUGUUUGCGAGGAGGUAGUAGUGCCGGCUGUCUGUGGCAUUAGAGCAAUUUGGUGUCUCCUGUCAACAGAAGUAAAUGAAUAG